CCCUUCUGGAAGGGGGUACACUGGGUAGUGUCCACACUCACAGACAAUUCGGUCAAGCUCUCUCCAGAAAACUACCUGCUCCAUCUAACACCUCUUUCCCUGGCUACGUAUAAGAAGACCAUUACUCUGUAUCUGAUCAAUGAGGCACGUAGCCUUAUCCCGACGUACUGGAAACAGGCCACAGCCCCCUCCACCGAUGACUGGAUUAAUCGAGUGGGGGACAUAAGGAACAUAGAAGACCUUAUCAUGACAGCAGAUGGCAGAA